GUUGAAGAGCUGCUGCCUUCUGGAAAUAGAUAUAAAAGCAGGCACGGAACUGUAUGGACUCAAAUCACCAACCACUCACUCUUUCUCUCUCUUUUCCCAAGUAAACAGUAUAAAAAAAUUCAACAUGGGUUACAAAGCCGCCCUGAUCCUGGGAUUACUCCCCCAGUUACUUUCCGCAGCCAUUGUCUGCGACAUGUCCGCUGCAGCUUCCAAGGGCGAUACCUGCGAGUCCUUCGUCAAAGCCUGGGGCACGACAGUUGAAGAGUUCGAAGCAUUGAACCCCGGUGUCUCCUGCCCCAGCCUCACAGAAGGUCGGAAGUAUUGCGUGAUUGGCACCGUGACUGGAGGUCCUGAUCCUACGUCGACCACCACGACUACACUGAAGACCACAACCAAGGCCACCACCACCACUUCCUCGUCCAAGUACGAGCCCACCCAGCCCGGCGUCCCGGCAAACUGUGACAAGUUCCACCUUGUCGCGUCGGGCGACCAGUGCGACACCAUCGAGGCCAAAUACGGCAUCACCGACGCUCAAUUCAAGGCGUGGAACCCCGACGUUGACGAAGGAUGCACCAACCUCUGGCUCAACUACUACGUCUGCGUGCACGUCCCAGAAGCCACGACCACUCCCUCGGUGCCCGACCCUACGCCCACGCCCCCUGCUCCGCAGCCGCAGAUGCCGGGCGUUGUGAGCAACUGCAAGAAGUUCCACAAGGUCAAGGCGGGUGACAACUGUUAUUCGAUCGACACCGCGGCGGGCAUCACCCUCGAUCAGUUCCGCUCUUGGAACACCCAGAUUGACGCGGGUUGCACCAACUUGUGGGUGAAUUACUAUGUCUGCAUUGGUGUUUAACGUUGAUUGGAUGCAUGGUCAUCUAUUCUCUUAAUGUCUGUUUGAGUGAGGGAAGUGAUGAGGGGACUGGGUAGAUGGUUUCCAUGACUAAAUGGCUGGAAUAGUUGGCUUUCUAGGCUCCUGUCCCUCCCUUGGGCCACAGUACAAUCUUUUAAUAUAUUCCGACGCCCUAUAUAAUUUAUUUAUGAUUUUGCUCGCCA